AUGUGCAGGCGCGGCGUUGAGCUCCAUCAUGGUCAGACGGAAGAGCUAGUGCUGCCGGGAACUUCCUACUCGAUGCUAUCUGACCAACUGGAAAUGACGCGUCGUGUGCGAACAGCCCAACAGCCAUCAAGACCUGCCUCAUAUGGUAUCUCCCGAGAAGUCUGCCUUGCCAGCGAGUGGCAUGGAUCCCUGACGAUAUCUGAGAAGAUGAAAUAG